AUGUCCGAGCUUGAGCAGCAAACAGACGAACUCCAACAGCAAUUGAGAUCUUCUAGUCAGUCGGAGCCAGCAUUUCCCGAGCGGUCCUGGAAGUCUGUAAACACUGUGAACGUGAACGUCAGUCAUACUGCCGAAGCAGAAAGUCGCUUGGCAUCCGUGGCACCAUUCUUUCGGGGUGCGACCAUUGCACCAACGUCCUUCCGGUCCCUAUCUCAUGCUGUGGAGAGUCUACAGACACCUGAGAGUCUUACGCACGACCCGCAACCUUUGCUCACUUUACCGCGGAAUCUGGAUGGACAAACCAUUAGCUCCAGGGAUAUUGAUGAGCUUUUUCAAACGUAUUUUCGAGAUUAUGCCAACUUCAUGCCUAUUCUUGACCCUUCAAUGAGCCCGAAUGCAUACUAUGCUCUUUCACCAUUCUUGUUCUGGACCAUUGUCGGUGUCGCUUGUCGGUCGUAUCCUAGAAAUCCAACCCUAUUGGGCUUCUUGCCAGCGAAGAUCCACAAUAUGGCUCUGCUCACGCUCAAUGCUACGGUCACUCUACAGGUGGUGCAAGGCCUACUUCUUGUACUCUGUUGGCCAUUUCCAAAGUCAAGCACUGGUCAUGACUUAAACUAUCCUCUGGCGGGUGCGCUUGUUCACAUGGCUACGCAAAUGGGUCUUCACCUCCCAGUAUCCAGCCAGGAGUUCAGUAGGGUUCGUCUCAAACUAGAUGACGAUGAGAUCAAAAGACGUGCUGAGACUUGGGGCUAUUGCCAACUGAUAUACAUGCGGUCAUGCUUCUCAAAAGGCAACCCCAUCUCGGCCAUCUUUGACAUCCCUCAUGAAUCUGAACAGAAACGAAUUCUUUACGAGAAAAUGCCAGCAGGUCUGAAAUUUGAACUUAAGCUUCAAGACGUUGUCACUAGAUGCUGUACUGCAGUGUCUCAGAAUGGCCUUCGCGUUAUGAGCCUUGAUCAAGAGAGAUCUCUAGACACUCUGUUGGCUUUGUUCCAAGCUCAAAUUGCCACAAUCAGCCUAGAUCAUCCAUCAAUCAACGACCAAUUCUAUGUACGAGUAGCUGCACUUAGUGUGCAGUGCUUCGUCCUUUUCAAGUCUCCCCCAUCACAGGAUCCGCAGUCUCUAUACAAUUUGUGUGUUGCUGCGUGUCAAGUGGUCGAAUCAUUCGAGAUCUUGGAAAAGAGCGGCACAAUGAAUCUACCAGCAUCGGGCCUUUUUGCAUACCUGAACAUUAUGCUGCCAUGUCACAUCUUGCUAAGGCUGCUCAAGACCUCCUUCUCCACCUUCAUCGAUAUCGAAAGAGCGAAAGCAGCACUGUUCCUCGGCAUCAGCCUUCACAAGCGCAUGUCUUUGCAAAACGAUGAUCUACCAGCCAGAAACGGUGCAAUCCUUACCAAUCUGUGGAACAGCAACCAAGCUUUCAAGAAGCCAAACGGCUCCGAGGCUGUGGCGUUACGAGUUCGCAGCCGCCUGGUGGGAAGCAUUCUCCUUGAUGGUUUUCUCUGGUGUAGGGAGGAGCAUGGUAAUGCAAUUGGGGUUUAUGCUCCGCCAUUGACUGAUCGUACCGAUGAAACCCAGAGACAUGACGAGGCAACUGGACUACCACUAAGCAACGCGUUGACAAGUAACUUGAUGAAGCAAGACUUUUCCAGCUUCCUGGAUGACCCAAUGCUAAUCGAGUUUGGCUGGUCUAUUGGUGACGACAUCUUCUCUCCUGCAUGGGCAGAUGGAACCAUUGCUCCCAUCUAA